ACGCCGCUCCCUUCGUUUCCGGGUGGGGCAGACUUGUCCCUGACUCUCUCACGGAGGGUCCCCUCCGCUUCCUCAAGGACUGGCGGCCCUGGGUCUCCUCCUUCCUAAUCACCGGAGGCUGAGUCCCGUCCAGUCGGGGGCCCUCUUUUUGCCGCUGUAUUUCCCCCUAACCGCGUCCUUGCUCUGCCGUCUCCUCACACACGGACAGCAGAGAGCUUGGUUACACCGUUUGUCUUCCUUUCCAACUCCAGCACCUUCUGACCUCCGCUAGUUCCUGCUGGCCCCUGUCCCCUUCCCGGUGCACCCUCACCGGGAGACACCCCCAGACCGCGUGCACCCUGAGUCUGGCUCGGUACCUGCGGGCCCCUGCCUGGUCACCCCUCCUCUUUUUAAAACACCCUCCGGUCCCCUGUUUUCACCUUCUGUUCUCUGCCCCUCACUCCUUUUGUCACCUCUUGAAGUCCCUGCCUAACCAGAGGCCAGCGGAUACCCCCUACUCCAAGAUGUGAGCCCUUUAACCUGUAAUGCUCUGGCUGACCCUUGGCCCCUUCCAUGCCAUGGAGAACCAGGUGCUGGUGAUUCGCAUCAAGAUUCCAAAUAGUGGGGCAGUGGACUGGACAGUGCACUCCGGGCCGCAGUUACUCUUCAGGGAUGUGCUGGAUGUGAUAGGCCAGGUUCUGCCCGAAGCAACAACUACAGCAUUUGAAUAUGAAGAUGAAGAUGGUGAUCGAAUUACAGUGAGAAGUGAUGAAGAAAUGAAGGCAAUGCUGUCAUAUUAUUAUUCCACAGUAAUGGAGCAGCAAGUAAAUGGACAGUUAAUAGAGCCACUGCAGAUAUUUCCAAGAGCCUGCAAGCCUCCUGGGGAACGGAACAUACAUGGCCUGAAGGUGAAUACCCGGGCCGGACCCUCUCAACACAGCAGCCCAGCAGUCUCAGAUUCACUUCCAAGCAAUAGUCUAAAGAAAUCUUCUGCUGAAUUGAAAAAAAUAUUAGCCAAUGGCCAGAUGAAUGAACAAGACAUACGGUAUCGAGACACCCUUGGUCAUGGCAACGGAGGCACAGUCUACAAAGCCCAUCAUGUCCCGAGUGGGAAAAUAUUAGCUGUAAAGGUCAUACUAUUAGAUAUUACACUGGAACUUCAGAAGCAAAUCAUGUCUGAAUUGGAAAUUCUUUACAAGUGUGAUUCAUCAUAUAUCAUAGGAUUUUAUGGGGCGUUUUUUGUAGAAAACAGAAUUUCAAUAUGUACAGAAUUCAUGGAUGGGGGAUCUUUGGAUGUAUAUAGGAAAAUUCCAGAGCACGUCCUUGGAAGAAUUGCAGUAGCGGUUGUUAAAGGCCUUACUUAUUUGUGGAGUUUAAAGAUUUUACAUAGAGAUGUGAAACCCUCCAAUAUGCUAGUCAACACAAGAGGACAAGUCAAGCUGUGUGAUUUUGGAGUUAGCACUCAGCUGGUGAAUUCUAUAGCCAAGACGUAUGUUGGAACAAAUGCUUAUAUGGCGCCUGAAAGAAUUUCAGGGGAGCAAUAUGGAAUCCAUUCUGAUGUCUGGAGCUUAGGAAUCUCUUUCAUGGAGCUUGCUCUUGGGAGGUUUCCAUAUCCUCAGGAUAUGCCAAAAGCAGGAGAUGGGUUCCUAGUAUGUCCUAGUGUGUGGAAAUGGAAGAGAAAUCAUCCCCAAACUGUGGGGGGAAAUGUGAAAUUUUCUGUUAAAUUACUUAUUACUUCACAUGAGAUUCAGAAAAACCAGGGAUCUUUAAUGCCUCUCCAGCUUCUGCAGUGCAUUGUUGAUGAGGAUUCGCCCGUCCUUCCAGUUGGAGAGUUCUCGGAGCCAUUUGUACAUUUCAUCACUCAGUGCAUGCGAAAGCAGCCAAAAGAAAGGCCAGCACCUGAGGAAUUGAUGGGCCACCCGUUCAUCGUGCAGUUCAAUGAUGGAAAUGCCACCGUGGUGUCCAUGUGGGUGUGCAGAGCGCUGGAGGAGAGGCGGAGCCAACAGGGGCCCCCAUGAGGCCUCAGCAAGUCACCGAAAGCCCAGGACCAGUCACCACAGGGAACAACCCACCUGUUGCCCCCUCUCCAUUUGCUGCCUGCUCAGAAGAGCAUGCUGGGCCCAGCUUCCAUGCUGUCGCCUUCCUUCGACUCUACAGGCAGAUGGCCUGGCGGAAAGAGUGACGGCCCCUCUGGUCUGGAGGCACAGACUCUGGCAGGGUUGGCAAAAGGGUGGGGCAGCAAGAAUAGAGGCUCCUGUGGCCCCCGCCCUCCUUCUGUUUUCUUACCAUUUUCCUUUGUAAAGGUCAGGCCCCAUCAGCGUCACUGAUGGGAAUAAAAGCGUUACUGCUCUGUGA